AUGAGGUUGACUGCAUGCCUUUCACCGACAUGCAGAGCCUGGAAAACGCAUGUACAUACCAACAUCGACCCACGCCCCUUCAAGCCUGGGCUGAUCCAGCGCCAAGCCGCGCAGACAUCUCGAGGUCGCCAGCGGGGGGCGGAUCCCUACCAGCCUAUCGGUUGCUCAGCAUACGAGGGCCCUGAGGGAAUCCUAGAGGAUCUAGAGGCUGGCAUUCACUCGGAAUCACUGGCGAACUGGCCAUCUGGAGUCCAGGGCUAUCAAGGGGUUGACCAGAGGGAACCGGACGAAGUGGUGGCAUCCGCAGCAGCUAAGGCGGCGAAAGUCGAAGCUGACCCGGCGCCAGCCUAUCAAUCGCCUCCGUUUCACCAAGAACGCAGAGCUAUGAUUCAAACAUCCGGACCUGGCAUGAAGGCCUGCAAGAUGACUGGUCCAGCGUUUCUUACGGCGCCUCCCGUUCUAGCCUAG